GGCACCUUGAGCUCAGUUGGUACCAAAGACCAGCAGCAACGAGUACCAAAGGCGGGGCCUCGCGGACCCCCGCUUCCCCAAAGCCAGGUGACGGGUUUCCCCCAGCGACGCGCGGGCAGCCAAGGGCCCGCCCCAUCGCGUUUCGCGGUCUCCCGGGAAACGGCGCAGCGCGCAGGCCGGGCUGGUGGGGGCGCGCGUGCGCAGUGCGCCGCGUUUGCGCGGACCCGGGGUGAUGGGCGUUGGAUGCCGACAGGAUGGCCCAUUUCUCCGGCGAGGACCAGGCGACGCUGCAGGUGAUGCUGAGGCAGCUGUUCCAGAGCGUGAAGGAGAAAAUCACGGGUGCUCCCUCCCUCGAAUGCGCCGAGGAGAUCCUCUUACAUCUGGAGGAAACUGAUGAGAAUUUCCACAACUAUGAAUUUGUGAAAUACCUCAGACAGCAUAUAUGCAACACUUUGGGGUCUAUGAUUGAAGAAGAAAUGGAAAAAUGGACAUCUGAUCAGAAUCAGGGUGAGGAAUCUGGCUAUGACACAGUUGUGCAGCAUGUUACUAAAAGAACUCAGGAAUCUAAAGAAUACAAAGAAAUGAUGCAUUCCCUGAAGAACAGCAUGAUGGUAGUGGUGGAAUCUAUGAUUGACAAGUUUGAAGAAGAUGAGAUGCGAAGUCGAGAGAGGCAGAGAAAAAUCCAAAAGGAGAAAAGCAGGAGUUACUGCACAGACAAUUGCUCUGACAGUGACUCCUCAUCCAAUCAGAGUUACAAAUUUUUUCAAGGAAAAUUACAAUUGAUUUUAGACCAGUUGGAUCCAGGGCAACCCAAAGAGGUCAGAUAUGAAGCCUUGCAUAUGCUGUGUUCAGCUCCACCAUCUGAUGUGCUGAACUGUGAGAACUGGACCACUCUCUGUGAGAAACUGACAGCGUCUCUCUCAGAUCCGGAUCCUGUGUUUAGUGACCGGAUUUUAAAAUUCUAUGCACAGACAUUUACACUUUCACCAUUCCACAUGACCAAGGAAAUUUAUACAAGCUUAGCUAAAUAUUUGGAGUUAUACUUUCUUUCUAGAGAAAAUCAUAUUCCUACUGUUUCAACUGGCAUAGAUGUAACUAAUCCUAAUGUGAUCCGCUUACUUAGAAAGGUUUGUCUUCUAAAUGAAUAUCAGAAAGAGGCUCCAUCUUUCUGGAUUCGUCACCCUAAGAAGUACAUGGAAGAAAUUGUGGAGAGUACUUUGUCCUUAUUAUCAGUUAAACGUGAUCAAAGUCAUCUUGCCUCACAAAAGAUUUUGCAUCCCAUCUACUUUCUUGUAUUGGUUGAUGCCAGGGCUGUUUGGUUCAAAAAGUGGAUGCAUGGAUAUUGUAGCAGAACUGUCGUACUAAGACUUCUUGAAAAGAAAUAUAAAUCUCUGGUAACUGCGGCAGUUCAGCAGUGCGUUCAGUACUUUGAGUUGUGUGAGACUAUGAAAACCGAUGAGAUUGUGGGACAGUCAAAGCAUUGUGGGAACAAACAGAAAACUUUCUACUACUCAGGGCAAGAAUUACAAUAUAUUUAUUUCAUCCACUCUUUGUGCCUUUUGGGAAGAUUAUUGAUCUAUACACAUGGCAGAAAGCUUUUUCCCAUAAAGCUGAGGAAUAGAAAAGAUUCAGUAUCCCUUACAGAUCUUCUGGUUCUGUUCAUCCAACUUAUCUAUUACUCACCAAGUUGUCCAAAGAUGUCAUCAGCUGCACAUUUAGAGAAUUACUCUCCUGCAGGAAUGGUGACUGAAGUUCUACAGAUACUCUGUGACCAAAAAGAAUGUGCAAUCGAAUGCUUAUCUAACAAACCUGUGGUUGAGGCACUUCUUCAGCCUAUUCAUAAUUUAAUGAAAGGAACUAAGGCUGCUCCACAUUGCUCUGAAGCAGCUUUAAUUUGCAUAGCUGAUAUUUUGGCAAGAAUUGCGUCUAUAGAAGAAGGGCUUACCUUACUUCUUUAUGGAGAAAAUAUGAACUCUUCAGAAGAAAAAAGUUCUACAGGUGCUCAUAAAAUAGCCCAGUUUUUGAAAAAACUUCUUGAUGAAGAUAUUUCUAUUUUUUCUGGAUCGGAAAUGUUGCCCAUGGUGAAAGGAGCUUUUAUUUCCACAUGUUGUCAAAUAUAUGGUACAUGUGAAGGCUUGCAAGUGUUAAUUCCUUAUGGUCUGCAUGAAUCUCUAGCUAAUGCAUGGAAGAAGACAAAUUUGGUAUCAGAAAGAAUUCCUACUCCAGUAGAGGGUUCAGAUUCUGUCUCUUCGGUAAGCCAGGAAUCCCAAAACAUUAUGGCUUGGGAAGAGAAUUUGUUAGAUGGUUUACUAAAUUUUGCUGCUACCCCUAAAGGACUACUACUUCUUCAAAGAACAGGUGCCAUCAGUGAAUGUGUGACAUUUAUGUUCAACCGAUAUGCAAAAAAAUUACAGAUCAGCAGGCAUAAAAAGUUUGACUAUGGAGUUUUGGUUACCCAAGUGGCAUCAACAGCAGCAGGUACAAUAGCACUACAAAGUUCAGGGUUCAUUAAUGCACUUAUAACUGAAUUAUGGACCAAUCUGGAAUGUGGAAAAGAUGAUGUUAGAGUAACCCAUCCCAGAGCCACUCCAGUGGAUCCUAUUGACCAAAGCUGUCAAAAGUCUUUUCUAGGGCUGGUGACCUUGUUAUCUUAUCCUGCUAUUUAUGAGCUGGUAGGCAAUCAAGAUCUUCCUAAUAAAGCAGAAUAUUCUCUUCGUGAAGUUCCUACAUGUAUUAUUGAUAUUAUUGAUAGACUUAUAAUUUUGAAUUCUGAAGCUAAGAUCCGUUCUUUAUUCAACUAUGAACAAUCACACAUCUUUGGCCUAAGGUUAUUAAGUGUGGUAUGCUGUAAUCUAGACACCCUCCUUCUGUUAGAGGCUCAGUAUCAAGUGUCUGAAAUCUUACUAAAUGCUCAAGAAGAAAAUAUCUCAGAGACCUCUGAGAGCCACAGGGAUUUUAUAAUCGAUGGCUUAUCGGUAGAGAGAAAUCAUGUUCUUGUUAGAAUAAACCUUAUUGGUGGGCCAAUGGAACGAAUUUUGCCUCCGAGGAUACUACAGAAGGGUGAUGAUCCAUAUCCUUGGCCAAUGUUUUCAUCAUAUCCUUUACCAAACUGCUAUCUGUCAGAAGGUACAAGAAAUACUGAUCAAAAGCAAGACAAUGAUCUUGGCAAAAUUUUAUUACACUUCAAGAUGUCUGAUAAACAAACUGAGUGGAUAGAAAACUGCCGAAGACAAUUUUGCAAAAUGAUGAAGGCCAAACCUGAUAUAAUCAGUGGAGGUGCUUUAGUAGAAUUACUUGAAAAAUUUGUGCUUCAUCUCUCUGAAAGCCCAUCGGAAUGCUAUUUCCCCUCCGUAGUAUAUACAGCUACCGAUGCAAAUGUGAAGAACGAAAGUCUUUCAUUGGUGCAGCAGCUUGGCAUUAAAAUGACUGUCAGGUAUGGCAAGUUCCUCAACCUGUUAAAAGAUAGUGCAGAAAGUGAUCUUACGUGGGUGUUAAAGCACUGUGAGAGAUUCCUGACACAGCAGCAAGCUCAUGUAAAAUCUUCUCUUCUCUGCCUGCAGGGGAGUUAUGCUGGCCAUGACUGGUUUGUAUCUUCUUUGUUCAUGAUAAUGUUGGGGGACAAAGAGAAAACAUUCCAAUUUCUUCAGCAGUUCUCCAGGCUUCUGACCUCUGCUUUCCUUUGGUUGCCAAGACUGCAAGUUUCUAGGUACCUACCUGUUGACACUAUAGAAUCUGGCAUCCAUCCCAUAUAUUUUUGCAGCGCUCACUAUAUUGAAAUGCUGCUGAAGACAGAGGUGCCACUUGUGUUUUCAGCUUUUCACAUGUCUGGUUUUGCGCCAUCACAGAUUUGUCUGCAAUGGAUAACUCAGUGUUUUUGGAAUUAUUUAGAUUGGAUAGAAAUCUGCCAUUAUAUUGCUACUUGUAUUUUCCUUGGUCCUGACUAUCAAGUGUAUAUCUGUAUAGCUAUCUUCAAACAUCUGCAACAAGACAUUCUGCAGCACACUCAGACUCAAGAUCUGCAGGUCUUCCUAAAAGAAGAAGCACUGCAUGGGUUUCGAGUGAGUGAUUACUUUGAAUACAUGGAAAUUUUGGAACAAAACUACCGACCAGUAUUGCUGAGAGACAUGCGGAACAUUAGAGUGCAAAGCACAUAGAUCAUGAGACACACAACUUAAUUUUAUGUUUUGUUUAUUUUAAAAGGAAAUGAAGGGACACUAUUGUUGCCUAUCUGCAUUCAUAACAACAUAUGCUUUGUGGAAUAUACAUAUUAUAAAUCAGUACUGAGUUUAUUAAUGUAAUGUAUUCAAGUAGGCAUUUGCUCAAUUUUUGAUAUGAAAUGAAUUCAUUUUUAUAAGAUUGCCUUUUUUUGUAUGGUUGUUAUAGAAUCAGAUCUAGCUAACUUACGGCCCUUCAUGUUUCAUAGGUAUUUCCUACCUAGAUCUCCUGUUUCACCAGGUGUUUAAAAUAUCUUUUUAACGAGUUUGGAAAGAAACAGCAAUAUUGUAAAUGAUUUCUUUACUAGCCAGAAAGAGUCCAUAGAGUCAAGGAAAAGACAAUUGUUUUCUUUAUUAUUUUUUUUUGAAUUUUUUCUGCACAUUUAAGGAAAAUAGACAAAACCACAGCUGCUUAUUUGACAUGUGGAGGAACAAAUGAUAUUUAUCAUGGCAAGUUGUAGGAAAAAUGUCAUCCCCAGACAUAAUUGUUUUUCUAGGAAUUGCUUUUGAUACCUAUAUCAAUUUAUAAUUCUCCAUAUGAAAUGUAGUCUCUACAUGGUUCAUUUAAAAGAUAGAUUAGUUAUUUCAUACUGAUAAGCAUUUCACUCUCAUUAGUUAUGCUUUUUUCUUGGUGAUAGAUUUGAUUUGUACUGAAUUGAAAACAUUAAGAGGAAUAGAUUUCUAAAUUAUUUUAAAUUACCAACAAUAUGUUUUAUUUAAAUAGAAGUCUCUGCUUCAAUGAGAUUAAUAUAAUAUGUUAGGGUCUAUUUUCUUAUAUUAUAACUGCCACAUUUAAUAUAUAAAAGAUAAUACAUAAAAAUAUUAAAUUGUUAAUUUUUCAGUCAGCAAUUUCAACAAGUUUUUAAGUCAACCAUUAAAACCAUUCUGGAGCUCCUCCCCCCGCCCCCCUUUUCAACCCAAAAUGGCUCCCCCACAAACUCAUUUUCCUUUUAGGAUAUUGAAACAUCUGGUACUGUACAGUUUUCAAUUUUGUGGUAUGUAAGCUAUUGCAAUACCAACCUUCCAAAAUCAGGUCUUAUGUUGUAAAUGCCAACAGUAGCUUCUCAGUAAUGGUUUUCCUAAAGGGCAUUGAAAAAGUUGAGGAAAGAAAAUUGAGCAAGUUAAUUUGACAUAUUGCUCACUUUAUCUCUGGCUGAUGUAAGUAAGAGAGUCCUAGGUGACCCAAAACACCAAGCUUACUAGUAGUGUACUUCAAACUUAAUUUUGAAAAGCUGUUCCACAGAACCUGUAAUACAUGUUUAUGGGUUCAUUCCUUUCCAUUCUGUUCCUGAGUAUUGUUAUUGGUCCUAAGUAACUUACAGCUUUAUUUCUUUUUUAAAAUUUCUUACAUGGUAAUUAGAAAUGCUAGUGGAGAAGAAACUGUAACUUAAUUUUGUAAUAUCCAUUGGUGAUUUUGACUGGAAAGUGAAGUAAGAUCUAGAUAAUAACAAUUACAAUUUGGAAAAGUGACUUCAGCUGGAGCCAGAAAGCUUUGAUUUUCGUUUGAUAAAUAUCUUAUGAACAGUGACAUAAACAAUGAGCAAUUUGGUGAAUAAAUGCCAACAGUAGCUAUUAACAUGUUAGCUAUUGUAUUGCUAACACAAUUAUUUUUGCACCUAUCUUUAUUUUAAGAAUACUCUUUAGAGUAGAAAUAAAUACAGUCCUCUCUUGCCUCUCA